UCCAUCUUCAAACUAUAUAUAGUACCCCAUCCCCACCCCUCCUACCCCCACCAAACCACGAAAGAAUCUACAGCCAUGGGGUCAGAGGAGCCAAGUUCUAGAGUACCAAAGCUUCUUCAAUUUUCAGUACCAGCAAAACAGUCACAAGAACAUAAAGAAAUGCCAAAUUCACCUCUUCACACUUUAGCUUCUGUUCCUUUUCAAUGGGAACAAGAACCAGGCAAACCUAAUCAUCCAAAUUCCACUUUCAAUAUUAAACCUAAAUUCUUAGAACCUCCCCCAAGACUUUAUAUAGAAUCUAUUAAAACACCAUCACCCAAUACUGUAUUUGAUGGACCUUAUAAUUAUAAUAAUGUCAAGCCUAAGUUUUCCUCUUCUUCCUUCAGGUUCUUGAAAAAUAAUUAUCAAGGAAAUUGGUGGCAGAAGAUUAGUGUUAAGUGUAAGGGUAAUGAUACUGCUGAUGAUAGUACAAGUUCUUCUGUAUUUUUAUGCUCUAUUGAUUCAACAGAUUCUGGUAAUGGUAAUUGUGAUAAUAAAGGCAGAAGUUCAAGUGCAAGAAUGGCAAGUUUUAGAAAAAAUGGAAGCUUAUCCAGUUUCUCUAGCAGGUCUCAUAUAUGGGCAGCAAUAUACGAGGGUUUCAAGCAGAUCAUACCAAGGAAGAAUAGCAAAUCAAAGAAGGAAGAUCACAUCGCAUAACUUUCAACUCAAACAUGUCAUUUUGAUCUUAUGGAAAUUUGUUAGUUGAUGUUCGUUUAGUAUUACUAGAAUCCUUGUAAAUUAUAUUUCAAGUACGAUCCAUGGUAUUUGCAGAGUA